UAUCAGUAAAUAUUUUAGCCCCUUUGGGACGGGAAACAUAUGCAUGUGCCUGGAAAUGUCAUAUGCCCCAAAGAAAAAUAAGAUUUCUCCAAAAAGCAUUCAGCGUGUAAAGGUCUACCGUCUUAAUGACGAUGGGAAAUGGGAUGAUCAAGGGACAGGGCAUGUAACUGUGGAUUAUAUAGAGAGAUCGGAAGAACUAGGAUUGCUUGUACUUGAUGAAGAUGAUAACGAGACUUUGCUUCUGCACCGUAUUAGUGCAGAGGAUAUCUAUCGGAAGCAAGAAGAUACAAUUAUUUCUUGGAGGGAUCCGGAGUAUUCAACUGAACUAGCUCUUAGCUUUCAAGAGACUACUGGUUGCUCCUAUAUAUGGGACAAUAUAUGUAGUGUGCAAAGGAAUAUGCACUUCAGCAGUCUUAACAAUGAAACAUUUCAUAGUGUCAACAGUGACCUGAGGGAGUUGCCCCCGGUUGAGCUUUCUACGCUUUCCCAGAUACUAAAGACAGUUGUGGAGAGUGGCAUUGCUGAUCAGUUGCGUGUUACAGAACUAAUAUUGCAUGAUCAAGAUUUUUUCCGUAAGCUGAUGGAUUUAUUUAGCAUCUCUGAAGAUUUGGAGAACAUUGAGAAUCUUCACAUUCUUUUCAAAAUAGUGAGAGGAAUCAUUAUGCUCAAUAGCUCUCAGAUCUUUGAAAAAAUAUUUGGUGAUGAGCUGAUAAUAGAUAUUAUUGGGUGUCUUGAAUAUGAUCCAGAUGCUCCUCAUGUUCAUCAUCGCAAUUUUCUGAAAGAGCAUGUGGUCUUUAAGGAGGCUAUAGCUAUUAAAGAUCCAAUAGUCCUUUCAAAGAUACAUCAAACAUACCGAGUUGGCUAUCUGAAGGAUGUCAUUUUGCCUCGAAUGUUGGAUGACGCAACAGUUGCAAACCUUAAUUCCAUAAUCCAUUCAAACAAUGCAGUUGUUGUAUCUCUGUUAAAAGAUGAUAGCACCUUCAUUCAGGAUUUGUUUGGAAAGUUGAAGUCGCCUUCUACAUCUGCAGAGUCAAAGAAAAAUUUGGUGCACUUCUUGCAUGAGUUUUGUACUUUGAGUAAGAGCUUGCAAGUGGUCCAGCAACAUCGGCUAUUUAGGGAUCUUGUUAAUGAAGGGAUAUUCGAUAUCAUAGCUGAUGUUUUGCAGAGCCAAGACAAAAAGCUAGUUCUGACGGGGACAGACAUCCUCAUUCUAUUCUUAAAUCAAGAUCCAAAUCUUCUGCGAUCUUAUGUAAUUCGUCAGGAAGGCCUUGCUUUGUUUGGACUUCUGGUCAAAGGUAUGCUAACAGAUUUUGGGGAUGACAUGCAUUGCCAGUUUCUUGAAAUUCUGCGCAGUCUCUUGGAUUCAUAUGCAUCAGGAACCCAGAGAGAGGCCAUUGUUGAAAUUUUCUACGAGAAGCACCUAAGUCAACUCAUUGAUGCUAUAACAUCAUCCUGCCCGGCAGACGGUGCUGCAGAAACUGUCCGUAACUCGGAGUGCUCUGAUGGAGGAACUGAAAAGCAAAGCAGCGUCAAGCCUGAAAUACUACUAAAUAUUUGUGAUCUCCUAUGUUUUUGUAUCGUGCACCAUCCUUAUAGAAUAAAGUGCAACUUUCUUCUAAAUAAUGUGAUAGAUAAAGUUCUCUUUCUGACACGAAGAAAAGAAAAGUACCUGGUAGUUGCCGCUGUUAGAUUUAUGAGAACUCUUAUUUCGCGCAAUGAUGAGCAUUUGAUGAAUUACAUAGCGAAGCACAAUCUCUUAAAACCAGUGGUUGAUGCUUUUGUUGCUAAUGGAGACCGCUACAAUCUUCUAAACUCAGCUGUUCUUGAGCUUUUUGAGCAUAUUCGUAAGGAUAACUUGAAGAUAUUGCUCAAGUAUUUAGUGGACUCAUUCUGGGAUGAACUGGUCAAGUUUGAAAAGUUGACAUCUAUUCACUCUUUGAAAAUUAAAUAUGAGCAGUCCCUAGAUUGUUCAGGAACCAGAAGUGUUGGCGAUCUGUUAGACGACCCUAGGAAAAGAGUUAAUGAGCGUGGUUUAGAGAAAGAAGAAGAAGAAUAUUUCAAUGAAGACAGUGAUGAGGAAGAUUCUGCGUCUGCCUCUGUGGCCAAUGCAAGUAGGGCGCAGGCUCAGCCAGCCUUGCCUAAUGGGUCUGCUCCAAGCCCCUCAUCUGUGAGAUCUGGGGCACUUGUUGAUUAUGAUGAUGAUGAGGAUGAAGAAGAUUAUAAGCCACCACCUAGGAAGCAAUCUGAUAAUUCUGAUGAAGAUGCGGAGUCUUUUCCGUUGAAACGAAAGCUAUCUCCGAAAGAAGAGCCNUUAUUUGAUUACUGA